AAGGUAGUGUUUGCGUCCGACAUGUUACAAUGCUGCGCCACAUAGUAAUGGCUUCAUCAUAACAAUAUCAUCUGGUAUCCUCUGCUAAUUACUUCAAAUAGACUACGAAAUUGUGCUGUUUGAAAUUAUCAAAGAUGCCUGGUAUUGCGUGCGCUUUUACUCACUGUAGAAACAGUACAACUACGCGUCCUUCAAAGCGUACUUUCACUCUGCCUACGAUUUUGCUACACCAAGGUGAAGACGACAGGAAGAUUUCAUCUGAUCGAAGAGCUGCAUGGCUGGCUAUCAUUAACCGGAAAGACAUUAAAGACGGCUCAAGGAGUAUGAAUAAUAUCAGGGUUUGCGAGGAUCAUUUUCUCGGGAAAAAACCAAGCUACUAUCGGGACGUGACAAACGUUGACUGGAAACCAUCUGUGAAUUUAGGUGGUGACUGCGUUAGAGAAUCCCAAAAAGCAUCAACUCGAAAUUCGCGAUAUUUGAGAAGGAUGAAUCGUCAUCGCAGUCCAGAAGUUAGUAGUGCACCAAUUGGUCACAAACUAAUAAGAAGUACACCAAGUAGUUCACCAACUGAUCAGAAACCAAUACCUGCUGAUGCUUACAAGGCAGUUGAUAUGGAAGUGGAUAUAAAGCUGGAGGAAAACCUGGAUGAAGAAAUAAUGAAAAAUGAAGAAGAAUGUGUCCCUUUUGAUUUUGAACCGUCAGCUGAAACGGAUCCACUUUCGUGUCAGAAUGACGUUGGUUGCCAAACAGAGUUGAGCGGAGAGGAUAUAGACUUGCUGAAUCAUGAAAGAUCAAAAAUGACAGAAAAACAACCUGAAAUCAAACAGGAAGGUUGCAGCGAUGAUCUGGCCCUUGGGAACCAAGUCGUCCAGAAAUCAGCAGGCGUUUCGUUCACGGAUCACAUUGAUAAAAGAAUUGCCAAAUUUAUUAAAGCUUUGAACGAGCACUCUGACUUAAGCAAAAUGUCAUUGGAAUGUGCGAAAAGACUGUUUGAGCUUAAAUUUUCUCCAAUAGCUUCUUACGGCGUUGAAAUAAUAUGGGAGUACUUGUCGGUCGAAGAUUUCGCAAAACUAGAAAAUGUGAAACCCAGGUAUUUUAAAAAAGUGAUGGGUUGCUCAAAAUACAACAAGAAUACCUACGUUUACAUGCUAGCAGAGGAAGAACUAUUUGUCAGUGAUCUAAGAAAAAAGCACAACCUCCCUGAAACUGAAAAUUACCUAAAAUUUAGUACAACAUACACGGCAGAGCUUAAACAGCAUUACAAUUAUGGAUUCAUAGAAACGCCUGCCAUGAAUGAUGAUGGUUGGAAACAACCGCUAUGUGAAGAGAGACAUGUGUUAUGCAGCUUUGCAAUGCACGGUUUUCACAACCAAAUUUGCAAAUUUAGUGACGACCGAAAUCAGUGCUUUGAGGCAAAUCGCUAUUCUUGUGUGUGCAAAUUGUGCGGAUCACUAUGUGGUCAGUGGCAUCUGUUAAAUUGCCCGCAACGGACACGACCCUUGAAGGAUUAUGCCAAGAUGUCAGACUAAUCGAUGGUAUUAGCGCUUUCGAACUCCACGUAAUAAUAAUUAUU